CCAGCAGGUCUCGCGAGGCUUGGAGGCGCGCGCCCGGGCCCCGCCACUCUCUCAGGCAGCCCCUGCGGGGAGGGCGCACGAUGGCGGCGCAGGUGCUGGCUCUGCUGAGGGAGGUGUCGCGGCUGGAGGCGCCGCUGGAGGAGCUGCGCGCGCUGCACUCGGUGCUGCAGGCCGUGCCGCUGGGCGAGCUCCGCGAGCGGGCGGCCGACAUGCGCCUGGGCCCGCUCUUCUCGCUGCUCAACCAGAACCACCGGGAACAAAUCACUUUGUGUGUAUCCAUUCUGGAGAGAUUGCUCCAAGCUGUGGAACCAGUUGAUGUGGCCCGGAACCUCAGGGUUGACCUGCAAAAGGGACUGGCUCACCCCGAUGAUUCUGUAAAAAUCCUCACUCUCUCACAGGUUGGAAGAAUUGUUGAAAACUCUGAUGCUGUUACUGAGAUUUUAAAUAAUGCUGAGUUACUAAAACAAAUUGUUUAUUGUAUUGGGGGAGAAAAUCUCUCUGUAGCUAAAGCGGCCAUUAAAUCCUUAUCAAGAAUAUCGCUAACCCAAGCUGGACUGGAGGCUUUAUUUGAAAGUAAUCUGCUAGAUGAUUUGAAAAAUGUGAUGAAAACAAAUGAUAUUGUUCGAUAUAGAGUAUAUGAGUUAAUUGUGGAGAUUUCUUCUGCGUCACCAGAAUCUUUAAACUACUGUACCACCAGUGGAUUGAUAACUCAGCUUCUCAGAGAGCUGACUGGUGAGGAUGUGCUGGUCAGAGCCACAUGUAUAGAAAUGGUGACAUCACUGGCUUAUACUCUCCAUGGACGACAAUACCUUGCUCAAGAGGGAGUAAUUGAUCAGAUUUCUAAUAUAAUUGUUGGGGCAGAAGCAGACCCUUUCUCUAGCUUCUAUUUGCCAGGAUUUGUGAAGUUUUUUGGAAACCUAGCUAUCAUGGAUAGUCCUCAACAGAUAUGUGAGCGUUACCCUGUUUUUGUGGAAAAAGUCUUUGAAAUGACAGAGAGUCAGGACCCCACCAUGAUUGGAGUAGCAGUGGACACAGUUGGAAUCCUGGGAUCUAAUGUUGAAGGAAAGCAGGUUUUACAUAAAACAGGAACUCGCUUUGAACGCUUGCUCAUGAAAAUAGGAUAUCAAGCAAAGAAUGCCUCGACAGAGCUCAAAAUUAGGUGUUUGGAUGCAAUUUCAUCUCUUCUUUAUUUACCACCUGAGCAGGAGACUGAAGACCUCCUGAGGAUGACAGAAUCCUGGUUUUCUUCUUUAUCUCGGGACUCACUGGAGCUCUUCCGGGGCAUCAGUAAUCAGCCCUUCUCUGAACUACGCUGUGCAGCCCUAAAAGUGUUCACGGCCAUAGCGAACCAACCCUGGGCUCAAAAACUUAUGAUUAACAGUCCGGGUUUUGUUGAAUAUGUGAUGGACCGAUCUGUGGAGCGUGACAAAGCUUCAAAGGAUGCAAAAUAUGAACUGGUGAAAGCACUUGCCAAUUCCAAGACCAUUGCAGAAAUCUUUGGGAAUCCAAACUACUUGAGGCUCCGAACUUACCUGAACGAAGGCCCAUACUAUGUGAAACCUGUAUCUGUGACGGCAGUGGAAGGAGCUGAAUGAUUUCUUCUGGAGCCUUGACCAUUUUUAACUCAUACUUCCAAGGCACUUUACUCCAUGUGUUUCACAAAACAACUUCCUUCCCUGAAGACUGUCUAAUAUAAUUUAAUUACCAGCUUUUUUUUCUACAGUAGAAAUACAACAUACAACCAGGAAAGCAAACAAAAUUUGCUUACGAUUGACCUAGAUAUUUCCCAGAUUCCUUUGACUGCCUUAAUCUUUGUAGAAAGAAAGCUUUACUCUCCUCAAAAAAUUUCUAUGGACUUAUUCAGUCUUAUUUAAAAGUUAAUUUUAAAUAAAAUGGAACCAAAUUGAGUCUGAAUUUUCCUCACCUAUUUUCUUUUCUAUUCUUUCUUUUGGUUUUGUUUUGUUGCUGUGUGGCAUUGAACCCCAAGUCUCAACACACGUAAGGCAAGUAUUCUACUGGUGAGCUACAUCCCUAACCCUUUUUUUUCUUACUGUUCCUAUUUUCUAAUUUCACGUUCACUUCCUAAUUUCACUUUCAGUGUCUUGGAUUUAUGCUCAUUGAGAAUAAAUACUUUUAAUAAGUUCUUCUGAAUUUUUUCAGUUUUUUUCCCUUUGACAAAUAGUAAAUAUCUUUUUUAAAAUUAGUUUUUUUUUUUUAUGCUGCUGCUACUUAUCAGUCAAGAUGAGCAAUAACUUGUUAGACCAGAAAGGCAGUUGGUUGUGUAUUGGCAGUCACUGUUGAAUUUGGUUUUUGAUUUUUCAGAUCAAUAUUGAGUGGAUGAAGUGAGGAUACUGAUUCCUAAUAACUUUUGGGGGGGAUGGGGUGGGCUACACCCUGUGGUGCUCAGGGCCUACUGGCUUUAUGCUCAGGGAUCACCCCUGGCAGGACUUGGGAAACCCUAUGUGGUGUCAGGUUGGCCACAUGCAAAUCAAGCACCCUUGACCCCUUACUCCUAGUAACUCAAAUCAGGAUAGAGGGGCUACUACGGGUAAAUCAGAAUACUAUCUCAUUGUUCCAACAAACCAUCUGCUUAUUUUACAUUGGCCAAAGAAGAAAUCCCGCCUGUUUCCCAGCAUCCUGUGCUCUAAAUGGCAAGGUCAUUACCUGUCCAGAGGUUUCUGCCCAGGCAUGCAGACUUCAGAAUCUUUGGACAAGUAUCUUACUUAAGCCAUGGUGACACCGAUCAUCUUCCCUGCUCUGUAGCAAAAUGAUUCUUCACUGUCUAGAAUUCUUAUGUCCCUGAAUUCAUCUUCUCUCUUGGCAUUUCUGGUCACUAUCCAUUCUGGGGUUCCUGUAUCUCCUUUUUACUUGCAUGUUUCCGAAUUGACCAUUUCCCUAUUACUAGUAUGCUAAUUAGGCUAUGGCCAGGUCUGGGAACAUUCUGGUUUUUGUUUGUUUUGACUUUGGGCCAUACUCAACAGUACUUGGGGGUCACUCUGGGGGACCAUGCAGUGCCAGGUCAAGCCCAUGACGCCAAUAUACCAAGCAUUAGCCUCAGUUCCCUUAGCCAUGUCCUUGGCCCAUUCCCAUCUUCUUAAGGUAAUUUUUAAUAUUCUCAUGAUGUUGAUUUUAUUUACUUAAUAUCAGUGUUCAAAGAAUUAUCCUCUUUCCUGUUGAUGAUCUACAUAUGUAUUCUGGAUUUGUGCCAGAAACUUUAUUUUUUAAGUAAAAUGUGCAAGUUAUUUUGUAUUUAAUAAAUUCACUGAUGUUUAUUAACGUGGUUGGCUUUGGAAGAAUUUUGUUUUAUCCUAAAUGUUAAGUUCAUCUCACUUAAUUUUACAUUUCUCUUUUGCAGGUGCAGAAACCGAGGCAUAGCAAGUGACUAAAAGUAGAGGAAAUUAGGCCAAAGGAAAUUAGUGUAUAAGACAAGAGAAACAAAAAGAAGAAAAUUGGGACUGGAGAGAUAGUUCAGGGAUUAAGAUGCUUGCUUAUAGCUUAUCCAGGUUUGGUCCCUGGUACCACAUAGUCGCCCUGAGUUCUGUCUGGAGUGAUUACUGAGCACAACUGGAUGUGACCCCAAACAAGAAGAGGAUUACUGUAUAGUAAAGUACAAUAAUAGAGGGAAAGAUAAAACACCGAAUUUAUUUAUUUUUGAUUUGGGAUCACACCCAGCUGUGUUCGCUCUGUGAUCUCAAUUGUUCCUGGUGGGCUUGGAGCGCCCUAUGGAAUGACAGGGAUCAAACCUGGAUAUGCAAGGCAAGCACCUUACCUACUGUAUUAUCUAUCUCCCACCCCCAAACACCUAUUUUAGUCUCAAGGAAAGAAUCCCCUGAAUCCUCACAACCCUGUAUAAUCUACUGAAGAGAAUUAAGGGGAGUAGCAAAGGUACUGAUACCAAAUCAAAAGCAUUUGGAGUGGUACUGUGACCCAGGUCCAGAAUUGAAAGGGAAUUGAAAAGGGAAAAAUUGCAAGAUUCUCUAGUGUUACUGAUAAAAUUACUCAACAUCUACUUCAUGAGAGGCAGUUUUCUGCAUUUUUAUUAUUUUAUCAAAACACACAAACACAUAACCAUGCAAAAUACUUUGCAGAAAAAAAGACACUAAAGUUUAGUCUCGCAGUUCAGUAUCUUGUUCAGAUCACAGCCCAGAGCCAGAGCAUACACCUGGGUUUCUGAGGGUUAGUAGGCACAUGUGUUUCUCUUCUGUUACUUAGUAUAUUUUAGGGAUAAGAGCAGUUACUGUAUCAGACUUUGUUCUAAAAGCUUUCCAUGUAUAAACUUGGAAAAUUGCUAUCCUCUCACUUCCCCUAUUAAGUACUAAUACUACCCUGUAGGAGUGAGACAGACACAGCAAAGUUAAGGAGCCCUCACAGUUACACUGUAGGAUUUAGAACAUGUGUCCAUAAAUACUGCCUCUUGCAUUUACUGAAUACUUAUUGUAGUCCAAAUCCAGUGGUAAACCUUUAACAUCUCAUUUAUAUAAUCCCAAUGAAAAUUUUGUUUAUAAACAGUCUAGUAACAUAAUCAAAAUUAUGGUUUAUGUAUCAUGACAGAUUUUCAAGGUGUACUGCUAAGAAGCCGAGGCUGAGGACUACUAAUGGAGCAUCUAACCAUUAUACAAGGAUAUCAAAGCAUAUUGUGGAUUAAGUUGAAGCCCCCAGAAGCUAUGUUAAAAUCCUAAUCCUCAGCACCUGCAAAUAAUUUGAAGAAGAAGACAAAAACAAAUUACUGCCAUUGUAUUCUGAACUCUUUUCUAUUUUAUCAAUGAUUUUCAUAGAAGAAAGUUCAGCUUCCUCAAAGUCUAUUUCAAUUGAUAGCAAAAUGCUUCAAAAAUGAUAAGAAACUUACCUGCAUGCUGUCUGUGGAAAACUUCAGGACUUUGGAAAUUAUUAAACUCAGAUGCCAAUUAUUGCCCAAAUGUAUUUCAGGACCACUUCAGUCUAAUAGCAGUGGAAGUGUCUGAGACUUUAUGGAUAAGGUUUCUUGUCAACCAACCUGAGCUUUUGUUCCAUAAUACCUGCUGUCUCCAUAGGAGAGUAAGUGCUGAUCAUGUUACAGCUAGAGUGAAUCUACAACUGAGAAAAUAAAAAAGCAAGCCUCUUCAAAAAUCCUUCCAAUCUUGUAUACCUCUUGGAACUGACCCUUUGUCUUUAUGCUGAGUUCCUGGAGAAGUAUAUGUGGGUGUUGAAAGAAAGGUUUAUGCUCUCCACAGAAGUAUUAUUACACUAUAAGAGUCACAAGAGUAUGUUUUGAAGUACAUCACACAUAAGACAUGUAGUAGACAUCAAGAAAUGCUUAGAGGUGCAUUGUUUUAUCCCCAAAGAAACAUCAUAUGGUGAGAUUUGGGGCAUGUCUAUGUGGGAUGAUUUUGAAUUCCUACUAUAAGCCAUUUAUUUACUAAGACCUUAACUAAACCAGUUGCAUCCCAUCCAAACCACCUUUUCUGAGCAAUUUUAUCCAAAAACUGGAAAACAACAUGUGUUUCACUUUAGCCUGAAUGAAAGAAACUAAGCAUUUGAUAUUUGCUGUUUUUCUAGCACACAGGGAAAUUAUCCCUCAAAUCACUUACAGUAGAAGUUUGAGAAGAACAACAGUAUAAUGUUCAUGUCAUAAGAUAGUGUACUGAAUUUCUGUUCUUAUGCCAGGCCUUUGUUUUCAUUUUUGGGCCACGUCUGGUUGUACUCAAGGAUCACUCCUGGCAGUGCUCAGGAAACUGAGAUGCCAAGGAUUGAAUUUGGGUACGACACAUGCAAGGUAAGUAUCUUACCUUACCUUAUACUACCUUUCUGAUCCAAUCAUGCUAGGCUUUAGUUCACCUUUUUCUUUUCAAAUAUUGGUCAUGUUUCCUUUACAGCAGUUUUAUUUUUAUUGUUUGAAUUAUUUGGGUAGGAGGCUGGAGUGAUAAUACAAGAUAAUGAAGGUAGGACAUUUCCCUUGCAUGCGGGUGUCCUGAGUUCAAUCCCCAGCAUCCCAUAUGGUCCUCUGAGUACCACCAAUAGUAAUUCCCGAGUGAAGAGCCAGGAUUAACCCCUGAGCAUUGUCAGGUGUAACCCAAAAAGUAAAAAAAAAUUGUUUGGCUAGGAAUAACUCAUUACAUUGAAAGUUGGCUAUAUUUUCUCCGCCAGUCAUUUGAUCUUGGGGAAUCUUUGCAAAAUAGGAAAAUUGAACGUAAGAAUUUUCAAAUGAAAGGGAAUUUUUGUAUGCAUUAAAUCGAAUAAUUCUACAGUUCUUGUAAAGGAUUUAAUUAAACAGAAGCCUUAUUUUGAAACUCUUUUUAUAUUUUUUUAUAUUUUUAGAGUCAUAAGUUUUGCUCCUGAAUCAACUCUGGGAUAAAUUUAGGCAAUUUAGGUUUUUCACCUAUGAGGUCCCUCUCAGAGAGCCUGGCAAGCUACCAAGAGUAUCCCACCCGCACGGCAGAGCCUGGCAAGCUACCCGUGGUGUAUUCAAUAUGCCAAAAACAGUAACAACAAGUUUCACAACGGAGACGUUACUGGUGCCUACGUGAGCAAAUCGAUGAACAAUGGGACGACAGUGCUACAGUGCUACAGUGCACCUAUGAGGUGUUCAAGUAAUACAGUCUCUGGGAUAACUCCAUCUGGAAAUUUUGUUUGAUUCAUCUAUCAAAUUCCUACCAUAGCGAUUGAGAUUGUUUUUUUGCAAAAGGAGAUGGUUGGUUUCUUUACAUGUUGGUAUGGCCUUUCCUGCUAUUGAAGUUGUCCUGUCUGAUGCUAUAUCUUCCAAACGUUUCCUCUAUUGCUAUUAAUCACUUUUGAGAAUACAGAAUCAGUCUACAGAGGCUCCCUGUUUCCCACUAAUACAUUUAUUUAUUCUUUUUUUUUUUUUUUUUGCCUUGAGACCUAACUUUCAGGACAGUAUACUUUAUUUACCAUUUGUCUCAGAUUCCCAUUUCCUUGUUUCGAGGACAAUUGUUGCCUUGGCUGUGAUCUACUGGAUAUUUGAGUGUCUAUAGUCUGUUUUAUAUGCUAUGUCUUUAUCACUGGGUCAUCUUGUCUAAUAUGGUAGCCAUCUGGAUAGCAAAAUGAAAUAAAACUAGUAUAUAUCCUUGGA